AUGGCAACAAGGAAACUCAAUGUACUUGUGUACACAGGUACCGGGACCACCUCCGAAUCUGUCAGACAUUGCAUCUUCACCUUGCGCCAGCUCCUAUCGCCCAAUUAUGCAGUCAUUCCCAUCAAUGAAUCCGUCAUUCUCAAAGAACCAUGGGCUCCCACCUGUGCCCUGCUGGUGAUACCUGGCGGCGCCGACCUCGGCUACUGUCGGGUCCUCAAUGGCGAGGGCAACCGGCGCAUCAGCGAUUAUGUCCGCCGAGGCGGUUCGUUCCUGGGCUUCUGUGCCGGAUCUUACUACGGCUGCCGCAGAUGCGAGUUUGAGGUUGGGAACAAGGGGAUGGAGGUAAUUGGGAGCCGCGAGCUUGGCUUCUUCCCGGGCACGUGCCGAGGCGGUGCCUUCAAGGGCUUUGAGUAUCGUGGAGAGGGUGGCGCGCGGGCAGUCAAGCUCAGGACUGAAUCGCAACUCCUCGGAGGUGAAGUACCUGACCAAGUCGUAUCGUACUUCAACGGAGGCGGAGUCUUUGUUGACGCAAAGACGGUCGGUGGCAACAAGGUUGAGGUCCUAGCAUCCUACGAUGAAGAUAUCGAUGUCGAUGGAGGUGAUGGAAAGGCAGCCAUUAUUUUCUCAAAAUUCGGCAAUGGCAGAGUCGUCUUGAGCGGCCCUCACCCUGAGUUUUCUCCAGCAAAUCUGAGUCCGCAUCCCAAUGUACCCAACUAUGAUAAACUCAUUGAAAGUAUCGGGGCUGCUGAUGCUGCUAGGAUGUCCUUGCUGCGCGGGCUCUUCACGAAAUUAGGUCUUGAACCUGUCCAAGGGGGCGGGGGGUUGCCUGCCUUGUCCAGCCUGCAUCUUACCUCGAUCAAUAACUCCGAGGUCUCGGAGCUUCUCAGUUCCUGGAACUCCAUCAUUGAGAAGGAAGACGGUCAAGAGUUUAUCAGGGGUGAGGUUGACACCUUCAGGAUCCGAAGUGACGAGACAUCUCUUGACAUGAGUGAACUCAAAUCUUCACUUCCUACCACCGAUGGCAAUCAUUUUGUGGAUUACAGUAAAGUUAUCAAAGAGCUUGUCUGUCAUGAGAAUGCUUUGCCUUCCGUAAGCGAAACGCCUCAGUUCGACCACAAAUUAUAUUACUCCAGCCUGAAGAAGUACCAAUUGCUCAAAAGCAAACCAGAGGGUUGGGGAAGCAUUCUGAUGUACGGCGAGGUUUUGACCAGCACGAACACUAUAGUGGAGAAGAAUCCCAAGUUGCUGGAGCAGCUUCCCACAGGCUUCACUGUCGCUGCUACGACUCAAGUUGCUGCACGCGGGCGCGGAACAAAUGUCUUCAUUGCACCGCCAGGCUGUCUCAUCUUCUCAACAAUCAUCAACCAUCCGGGUCAUUUGUCAAUGUCCCAUCCCAUUGUAUUUUUCCAGUAUCUUGCCGCGAUUGCGACUGUGGAAGCCAUCCAAUCCUACGAUGAGGGCUAUGAAGCAAUGCCCGUGAAGCUAAAAUGGCCAAAUGACAUUUAUGCCCUCGAUCCAACCUCGCCCAAGAACAAACCGACUUAUACCAAAAUCGGUGGCAUCUUGUCGCAAUGUGCCUAUUUCAACGGUAACUAUCAGACCGUCCUGGGCGUCGGUGUAAACGCCACCAAUCGGAAACCGACUAUCUCUCUUUCGGAUCUCCUUCCCCCGGGCGUCGCACCUUUGCGUAUCGAGACGCUGCUGGCACGCUUCUUGACCACUUUCGAAUCCCUACAUGCCCAAUUCCUUCGCCAGGGCUUUUCAGCCGAUCUUGAGAAACGCUACUACAAACACUGGCUGCAUACUGGGCAGGAAGUGACCCUGGAGGCAGAGGGUGGUGUCAGAGCCAGAGUCCUCGGCAUCACAAGGGAUUGGGGGAUGCUCCGUGUUGAAGAGAUCGACAUGCACGGAAGAGGCACCGGGAAACUCUGGGCGCUGCAGAGCGACGAAAACAGCUUUGACUACUGGAAGGGACUGCUCCGGAAAAAACUAUAG